GUUUUUCUUCUAUUUGAUACUCAAAACUAAUAAUCCACACUUAUCUGCUGAAGCCACUCUUGGCAAGUACUGUAAAUUCCAUUCAAUGCCAAUAUUAGUUGUUUAUAUGCAGCUUUUAGGUUUACAGUCACUUUAGCGCGCAUUCCACUGACAAACGGAAGUGUUUCAAAACGUAGUAAGGUGUCUACAUAGACAGCAUGCUUGAGAGAUAUGAUGCCAAAAAAUGCUGAGUAGCACAAGUCUAGGGGCGCGUUCACAUCGGGCGCGUUCUUCUCGGCAGGAUUUUCGGCUUAUGUACGCAUGCGUCACACGCGAGCUUGCGUCGCGUCUCGAGCGUUUCGCGUCAAACGAAUAACUUUUGAGAACUCACCUCUGGACCCUUGAGUUCUACUUGUCUAGCACCUUUCAAACACAAGAACGCGCCCCCUAAGAUGCCCAAACCGCUGACUAAGUAGGCAGCUGACUGGAUUUUGAGACAGCCCAUAUUCACACUGAGAGUCCGCUUUCAAAAAGGACUUUCCUGAAUUGCAGGUAGACCCAUCUGAAGCCAAGGAGGGGGAAAAAUCAUGUGACGCUUACAGAAGAAUUUGGAUAUUUUAGGGGGGAAGUUUUUGAGAAAAAUUUCUUCAAGAGAAAGAAGUUGGUUCCAACCCAGUCCGUCUCAGAGAGAAUAAUGGAUCGUGUUUCGUAAAGGCAUUGCUGGCUCCGUACAGGUGUGUCGACGAAUGCAGAGGAGAUGGGGGGCUGCUGGAGAUGGUGCUACACGACCUGCAGCUGUUGCUUGCCCGAAGAUGAGAAGAAUGCCAUCGCCAUACACAACGAAAUCAAACGAAUCCUUGCAGAUCAGAAGAAACGAGAACGCAGAGAAAUCAAAGUGCUCCUACUGGGCACUGGAGAAAGCGGGAAGACGACUUUUAUCAAGCAGAUGAGGAUUAUUCAUGGCAAGGGCUUUUCCGAAGAAGACCGGCGUGGCUACACUAAACUGGUUUUCCAAAAUAUCUUCACAGCGAUGAAGGCUCUGACGGCAGCCAUGAACACCCUAAGGAUUCCCUAUGCUAACCCUCAAAACGAGAUCUAUGGGAAACAGUUUCAGGAAGUGGAGAUCCGUCAGAUGGCACAUUUGGACAGAAUGUAUGUGGACGCGAUCCACCGUCUUUGGGCUGACGAGGGGAUCAAGGCCUGUUACAGUCGUCGUAGAGAGUUCCAGCUUCUGGACUCCACAGAUUACUAUAUGACAAAUUUGGACCGUAUUGCGGCCCCAGACUUCGUCCCAAAUGCCCAGGAUGUGCUACGAGUCCGAUUCCCCACCACAGGCAUCAACGACUACUCCUUCACUGUGGAGAAAAUCACCCUCAGGAUUGUGGAUGUGGGUGGCCAGAAGUCCGAGAGGAGGAAAUGGAUCCAUUGCUUUGAGAAUGUGACGUCGCUCAUAUUUUUAGCCUCCCUCAGCGAGUACGACCAGGUGCUCGAGGAGAAUAACAAGGAGAACCGCAUGAAAGAAAGCUUGUCACUCUUCUACACCACCAUCCACUCGCCAUGGUUCGCCAGCUCCUCCAUCAUCCUCUUCCUAAACAAGAUGGACAUCCUGGAGGAAAAGAUCAAGACCUCAGACCUAAAAAGUUACUUCGGAGGGUUUGACGGCAAAAAGCGAGACAAGAAUGAUGCGAUGGACUACAUCAGUGCCCUGUACCUCGAACAAGCUUUAAACCGUGAAAAUCGAGUACGGAAGUGCAUUUACAAACACUUUACCUGUGCCACCGACACCGACAACAUCCGCAAGGUCUUCGAGGAUGUCAAGAGAACCGUUCUCGUCAAGGAACUGCUGUCAUAUGGUAUGCUUUAAGAUGCAGAGCGGACAAUCUGAACUGAUUCCUGGAAAGACAAAACAAUCGUUAAGAUCACUAGGGAUGUUAUAAAAUGGUUGAAUGGAUAUCUUUAUUCAUGUAAAUACAGUUGAUUUAACUUCCCUGACUGAUUAAUUGCACUUGCAUUUGAAAAUAAUUUGUUACAAUUUUUUUUGUUUUUUGCAUUUGUAUUUGCUUCAUUACACUGA